AUUAAUGUUAAUGUGCAGUGUGAAAGCUACCAUUGAUAGGUACAAGAAAGCUUCCUCAGAUUCUUCUAAUAAUGGCUCUAUAUCUGAAGCUAAUACUCAGUACUACCAGCAAGAAGCAUCAAAACUGCGAGCUCAAAUCAGUAAUUUGCAGAAUCAAAACAGGAACAUGCUUGGUGAGGCUUUAGGAGGUUUAUCUCUUAGGGAAUUGAAGAAUUUGGAGGGAAGAGUCGAAAGAGGAAUUAGCCGAAUUCGGUCUAAGAAGAAUGAGUUGCUCUUUGCUGAAAUUGAGUACAUGCAGAAAAGGCAGGAGAUUGAUUUACACCAUAAUAAUCAAUACCUUCGAGCAAAGAUAGCUGAAACUGAGAGAGUCCAGCAGCACAUGAACUUGAUGCCUGGAAGUUCUGACUUUGAGCUCGGUCAACCUCAAACUUUUGAUGCUCGAAAUUUCCUUCAAGUCAACGGGCUUCAACCGAAUGAUGACCCACCCCUUCAGUUAGUGUAA